CACUACAAAAUUAUCUACAUUCCACUUCUCUUUCUGCUACCAAAUUGACUAAAAAUCAUCCAACUUGGAAGUUGGAACCAAUAUCUUUUAUAGAUGUUAUUUGAAGGGAUCUAGAGAAAGCAAUUGAAAAAUUAGGGUUUCCAUGGUUGUUUUCUCGAAAAAUUAUGCUUCUUCUAGCUGGUUUCUUGAAGAACUAGUCAAAAUUCUCGAUUGCAAAGAGAAGUUAAAGCAGAUAAUCGAUCCUUCUCAAGUGCGAAAGAAAAUUGGGUGUUUUGGUGAAGAUUUGGGUAUACAAAAGGAACGAUUCUUUGGUGAUUUGCAAAAUGUUGCUGACAUGCAUGGAUCUGAAUUUAUCGGGAAUAUUAUAGAACAAGUCCUACUAGAGGUGAACCAAACACCUUUAGAUAUUGCUUGGUACCCAGUUGGAGUAGAUACUCAUGUCAAAGAUAUAGAGUUGUUAUCGCAAAACGAAGGUGUUGAUGAAGUUCACAUGGUUGGUAAAUUUGGCAUUGGUGGAAUAGGAAAAAUAGCUUUGGCAAAGAGCAUCAAAUUAUUCAAAGCAAGACUCGGGCCAAAGAAGGUUCUAAUUGUUCUUGAUGACGUGGACCAUAGAAGGCAAUUAGAAUCCUUAACAAGAGAAAGAAGUUGGUUCGGUUCGGGUAGUUUAAUAAUAAUUACAACCCGAGACGAGUAUUUGAUGUACGGGCUUAGAGCAGAUGAUGCCAAUUCGAGGCUAGAAGAAGACCUAGGAUCUAAAGAAAUGUGAGAUUUGAAGGUAAGAAGAGCUACUUCUAGUCUGGGGUGCACAGUACCUCUCAAGGGACCUGACCAAGAUGGAUAGAGCAAUUGAUGGGAUGUUCGAGUUUGGUCGAUAGGGUAUUUCACCAAUAUCUCAACUUUCUUCGCGUGAAAUUUCUCCGAAGGUGUUUUCACAUUGUCAGAAAGGAGAGAGGGCAAUGCUGGAGGUAUAUUAGUUCUUGGUAAGAUUUUGAAUCCGGCAUCGCUCAAUAAAUACCUUUUUCCUCCCAAUUCAUCUCAGAGCUUCUUGGCUAUUAUAUCCUUGGUUUGAAACUCAACUUUCCUCUUUGUCAAUGAUUCGAGGAUCAGUUCAAAAAAGCUCUUAGUUUCGGACAUUUCAGGUAGACACAAACAAACUCUCUUUUCAAAGUGUUGCCUGAUCUGUUCAUCAUUGAAAAUUUUCUUAGCUAUGGGAACGGUGCAAAUUGGGUUGUUAUCCAACCUCUCCGCAAUCGUAUCGGACACCCGCACCCGAAUCCAAGCAAUUUAGGUUGUUAUUGGAAAAUGAAUGUGUAGAUGAAGUUCACAUGGCAUUGGUGGAAUAGGAAAAACAACUUUGGCAAAAGGUAUCUCUAGAAUUCUGUGAUGUUCUACAAGGAAAUAAGGUCUGUAAAUUCUUUAUCUUUAUCUUGAUUU